AUGAAAGUGCGUUAAAAAGAAAUGGGAAAAUUUCUGGUAUACGCCAGAUUGUCGAUAAUAUGAAAAUUGAUGAAUGAGAAUUGAGCGGCAAUGGGAAUCAUCGAAGUGCCGUGUGCACGACCAUUCGUAAGUUUCGCGGGGGAUCCGAAAGGCGGAUCAUGACGGAACAAAGCUUCCGUGUUACUUUGAUUAUCCGAAGUUGGCAGCACUUGAAACGGCCGUCUGAACGGCAACUUAGAAAGUGGGGGUAAUACGAGAACAGGCUUCUUGAUGGCAGAUAAUAAAUUAUAGUAAUUCGUAAUAAAUAGAAAACGAUCGUUUUUCUGGCGAUUCGCGAACGUUUUUAUUCCACGUGUUGUUAAUGGCAGAGGAACAUGUUUACGGAUACAAUCCGACGACCGGCGUCGACGGGGACGAGGAGGCAACGAAUAAGCUGAGGCUCAAGGUUAUAGCUGGUCAUCAACUGGCCAAAAAGGACAUAUUCGGUGCGAGCGAUCCUUACGUCCGAGUUGAUUUGAACAAGAUCAAUGGAGAUGGGAACGUCAACUCAGUGCUCACCAAGACUAAGAAAAAGACCUUGAACCCAGUUUGGGAGGAAGAAUUCAUAUUCAGGGUCAAACCAGCCGAGCACAAACUCAUUCUCCAGGUAUUUGACGAAAACAGAUUGACCAGAGAUGAUUUUCUCGGAAUGGUUGAGCUGACUUUAAUCAAUCUACCCAAGGAACAAGAAGGACGCGUCAUUCCUGCCAAGCAAUAUAUACUUAGACCACGUAGCAAUCAUUCCAGUCAACGGUCGCGCGUUAAAGGUACGCUGGAAGUGUACCACGCAUACAUUUCGGACUCAACAGGGGAGAGCAGCAAUGGCGAAGGUGAAACUGCGCCUGACUCCGGUGGUUGGGAACUGUUGGACCAGCCUGUUUCAACGUCUAAUGAUAGUCCUGUAGAACAAGCUGCUCCGACAGUAAUGGUCAAUGGGCCUCUGCCGCCUGGAUGGGAAGAAAGACAGGACGCGAACGGGAGAACGUACUAUGUCAAUCACAUAGCUAGAUUCACGCAAUGGGAACGGCCGACAGUCCUAAAUCAAGCACCAACGGGCGGUGUAACACAGGAGCAACGAAAUCUAGAUACCGCAGCAACCGAGUUCCAGAGACGCUUUCACAUCAGUGUUGAUGAUGCAGAAAAUAGGCAUAACCGAAGCUCUGGCCUUCAUCAGGAUGGUGAUGUCCCUCGAGAGGAGGACGAGCAUGCGGAAGACAAGAAUGACGAAGGUGGGGAACAAGGGGAAAGGGUGGUUGGGGAUGCUUCAUCGGAUUCCGGUCGUUCAGUCGAUCAGCACGGCUACCUGGGCGAAUCUGAUGAUCAGAGUGAGGAAGCUGCUGAUAGCCCGAAUGGUUCCAGGCGAUCCUCGGAACAGAUUGAUGGUCCAGUAAUGCCAGCGGCUUCCCCGGCCACAGCUAUAGCUCCACCGGCAGCGGCUGCUUCUCAGACACCGAAUGGCGACGGGUUGCCUUCUGGAUGGAGUAUGCAAUUGGCACCAAAUGGUAGAAUGUUUUUUAUAGAUCACAAUGAACGAGCUACGACGUGGGUAGACCCAAGAACGGGGCGCGCCAGUCCUAUGCCGAGUCACAAUGCUCCGUCAGCAACACCAAGGAGUGAUUUAGACCAGUUAGGACCAUUGCCCGAAGGAUGGGAGGAAAGAGUGCAUACGGAUGGUCGCAUAUUCUUCAUUGAUCACAAUACAAGAACCACUCAAUGGGAGGAUCCGCGAAUGUCUAAUCCUCAGAUAGCUGGACCUGCAGUUCCGUACUCCCGGGACUACAAGCGUAAAUACGAGUACCUGAAGUCACAGCUGAGAAAACCAAACAACGUGCCUAAUAAAUUCGAGAUCAAAGUGAGGAGGACGAACAUCCUUGAGGACUCUUACCGCAUCAUUAGCUCCGUAAUUAGAUUAGAGAUCCUGAAGACUAAGUUGUGGGUGGAAUUCGAAGGCGAGGUCGGUCUGGACUAUGGUGGACUUGCCCGAGAAUGGUUCUUUCUACUAUCGAAAGAAAUGUUCAACCCUUACUAUGGUCUUUUCGAAUAUUCCGCCAUGGACAAUUAUACUCUACAAAUUAAUCCGUUCUCCGGAGUUUGCAACGAGGAGCAUCUUAACUAUUUUAAAUUCAUAGGACGCGUUGCGGGGAUGGCUGUUUAUCACGGAAAACUUUUAGAUGCUUUCUUCAUCCGACCCUUUUACAAGAUGAUGCUGAGCAAAACUAUCGACCUUAAGGACAUGGAGAGUGUCGACUCAGAAUACUAUAAUUCCUUGCUCUGGAUAAAGGAGAACGAUCCAAGCGAGUUGGAACUUACUUUUUGCGUCGACGAGGAAAGCUUUGGUCACACGUCUCAACGAGAGUUAAAACCAAACGGCGCAAACAUACCGUUGACUGACGAGAACAAAGAUGAGUACAUAAGUUCGGUUAUACAAUGGAGGUUCGUGUCCCGAGUCCAGGAACAGAUGAAUUCCUUUCUCGAGGGAUUCAACGCACUUGUUCCGUUGACGCUCGUUAAAAUAUUCGACGAACACGAACUGGAGCUCCUUAUGUGCGGUAUACAGCACAUCGACGUUAAGGACUGGAAACAGAAUACGCUUUACAAAGGCGAUUAUCACGCUAAUCAUAUAACCGUGCAGUGGUUUUGGCGGGUGGUUCUAUCAUUUAGCAACGAAAUGCGCGCCAGACUUCUACAGUUUGUCACGGGAACGUCGCGUGUUCCUAUGAAUGGAUUUAAGGAACUUUACGGCAGUAAUGGCCCCCAGUUGUUCACCAUAGAAAAAUGGGGGACCCCUGAAAACUACCCGAGAGCUCACACGUGCUUCAAUCGGAUAGAUCUGCCACCGUACGAGAGUUAUCAACAGCUUAGGGACAAGUUGGUGAAGGCGAUCGAGGGUUCGCAAGGAUUUGCUGGAGUCGAUUAGCGCGGGUGUUCUCCUGCGGCGCUUAACUGCGGUUCCAUCACCGAUAUUGACUGUACUAUAGUGCGUGUAUAUAUUAUAAUGUAUGUGGGAAUGAAUGAGAGGCAGUGCACGUGUGUAUGUAUCUACGUUUAGUUAUUAUAAUAAUACCAAUUAAUAUCCAAGCUAUAUAACUGUUAACUGUAUGCGAUGCCUCAGCCGUGACCCGGUUUCACCGUCACGCCAUGAUUGGUACAAAUACCAUACCAAACGUGUUGAAACCUACCGCGUAGAAAUUCGACAAACUUGAAAGACAAAGUAACGUCACGCGUACGUCAUCGGGCACAGUUCGAAUACUUUUCUUUUCUUUUUCUUUUUAUCGCUGAAAACGUUAAGUUUCAAUAGUAACAUUCUACUUAAAGCCUGCUACUGCUAAUUGCUUUGUACUUGAUCGCUGUGGCGAAAGUCGUCUGACAAAGAGAAUAGCGUUUUUAUAACUAAAAUAAAAUUCCGUUUUGAGUGUAACGAAAUUACGUCAUUCCACAGAGUUCACUUGUUUCUGUAGCUGUAUUACGGAUCUUCAUUAUUAGAAAUCCGAAUUAUAUGUAUAGAUAUUCCAUUACUCAUUAUACCCACAUAGACGAUACCUUUGUGGCGUAUUGAUGUCGAGAAUUCGGCAUUCAAUACAUUUAUUUUUAUUGUACGAAGAGAAUGACAGAGAGAAUACCAUAGCGAUUCUAAUUCUAUAUGCAAGAUUCUUAUUAAUUGGCCCACGCUCUGAUAAAAAAAAGAUUACACUUCAAUAGAACGUUUCAUAUCUGGCGCGUGGGCCUUUUUUUCUGUUCCGCUGUCAGUCAAUCUAUGGUGAUAGUAGUGAAACACGUUAAAAAGAAACGGAAAACCUUUCAAGUACGCGUAGCUGAAAAUCAAAAUGAUUCCUUUGAAUAACACACCAAGCCCGUUUGGGUCUAAAAAUUCAGAUUUCCUUUUUUCAUUUUUUCUAAGUAAUAACAAACUAAAAAUGAAAAUCGAAUCUAUGUACCAACAAAACGUAGCCCUACCUGUAUGUAUUAUUGUAUAUUACUGAUCAGUGAUUAUAUUUCCGUCCUAUUCGCGACGAGUUCAACGAAAAUUAUGCGCAGAAUGUGAGCGUCGAUCUUGUCGCUUGCAUGGGAGUAAAAAAAAAAAGAAAACGUUUAUCAAUUUUCAGAGUAUACAUAUUAUUUUUAAGAAUUUGUGAAAAAAGGUCCAAGUGCCUUUAAUAUAAUUAUUCAAUCAAUCGAUCAAUCAAUGGUCAACCCUGAGAAAAUUAGCAACGGUUGAACGAAAAAAAAAAUAUGUAGCCCGGACGCUUAAGAUUGGCUGUUGAGCGCGUUCGUUCUCGCGUUGAGUAUUUCGGGUGAGCUUUGAUAUAUAAAAUUAUGUUUUCUGCCUACGGAAAAGGUAAAAAGAAUAAAAAAGCAUUUCUGCUGAACACAAUCUUUAUCAAGUCACAUAUGAAUUAUAAUCGUCGACGGCGAGACCCGUGAAAGAUAUCAACCGCGUAAACCUGUACGAUAUUAUUCAUUCGGUGCAACGAACGCUGAUUCGUUCUGAACGUUUUAUUUUUAUUUUUAUCCCUCUUUUGCAUCUGAAUGGCAAUAGUUGGAAUUGGCGCACUUUUUGCGACACGUGAGAAAAAACAGAAACGGCGAUCAAAAUACCAUCGAAUUAUUGUACAUAUGUAUAUGUAUGCAAUGAAACGAGCGUUCGGCGUUGUAUGGUACACAUACCCAUACUUCUAAUUGAAAUUAUUAUUAUAAUAAUAACUAUUAUUGUACGAUUAGUUAGGACUAGAGUUUUUUUUUUUUUUUUUUUUUUUUUACAGAGCACCUUCUUAAAGACGCAAGAAAAAGCAAAAAAAUAAAUAAAAUAAUAUAUAUAUAUAUAUAUAUAUAUAUAUAUAUAUAUGUGUGUGUGUGUGUAUAUAUAUGUAUAUAUAUAAAUAACUAAUCGAUUAUACAUGUAUACAUAAUACAAUAUUAUGUAGGUAAAUUAUUAUGUUACUAUUUACUGUUAUUAAAAUAAUAUGGUGACGUUUUAAGUAUAGAAAACACGCGAAUUGGAGCAUAAUUAACUUGCUAUACCAUAACCGAAUUUAAGUUUAGAUAUAUGUAUACAUAUGGUAUAUGUAUAUACAUACUAUAAAUAUCGUUCUUGUAUAAUAUUGUACGAAGGAAUGAAGCAUACUUGAAUAAACUUUACUGAGAAGA